AUGGAGCGAAUGACCGACAUCGAUUGGCCUGAAGACCCUCAGAAUGACACAUCCAAGGAAGUAUCCAAGAUGGGCGAUCCAAGCGGCUCUGGCUCCGACCCAAGCGCCUCUGCAGCACUGGCUAAGAUUCAGACUCCUGAGCCGAAAUCCGUGCGCAAGGAUCGUCGCGUCAGCGCUGCCUGGAACGAGGCUUUCUUCAACAAGAACGCAGAGUCGCUUCUAGACCUCGACGACGACGAUGACCAGCUUGCGCCAGAUCUCCCUCCGGUCGACCUGUCUUUUCUUCCCAUGUAUGCCGCCGCCCCUUCCGGAGACACCGCUGCUAAAGAAUCCGCCAAUACUCCGAAGGAUGAUCAAGACGCGAUGUGUACUAGUGAAUUAGCUGGUGCUGCCGACCACCAGAGGGCGACGAGCGAGCAGCAGAGAAUGACGAGCGAGCAGAAAGUAGCGGCCAUUGUAGAGAAGAGCAGCGCGAGCGACUGCGUGAAUGUCCCGAAGAACGUUGAGGACUCCAAUGACGCUGGGCAAUCGCGUCUCCCUGAAGAAAAAGAAUCGCUCGAUGAGGCCCAAUCGCAUGCGAUUUCUGUGAGUGGGGAGAACGAGAGCGCGAUCACGGCAACUGAAGGCCAGCGCGAUGUGCAGAGUACAGCGACGGCAGAAGUGCGUUUCGAGGAGGAAGACUCGGUGGUUUUAGCCGCUUCUGGCGCUGAGAAGCCCGCAGGGAAUGCACAUUCGCACGCGUCCGAGUCGGAGAUUGUGACCAAGUCUGAGGAUGCGCCUGUAGGCGCGUUGCGCGGGAUGGUGGGGCGCGGAUCCAAGGCCAUGCGCGCGUGCGCGCCGUCCCCGAUGAAGCCUGCCGCCGCGCGGGAGCCGAUGCCGCCGCAGGCGAGCGCAGCUGCUGCUCAUCGAGCCUCGAGUGGGAGUGUGAGCAGCGUGCGGAGCUCGAACGACUCGAAGCAGCAGCAGCUGCGGGAGUGGCAGCAGCAGCGUCAGCAGGCUGUGGCGGUGAAAUCCCGGCCGUCAGGCAGCGCAACCGCAGGAGGACCCCCCAGGCCGGCUGUUCGGGCUGGUGCGAGCAUCGGCGGGAAGCCUGGUGUGGGUGCGGGAGCAGUGGCGGCGAGAGCAGGGGUGCCUAAAUCCACGAGUCACUGCACGAGUCUCGUUCCCGCUAGCCGCUCGCUGGUGCACGGCGCUGCGUCGUCUGGCGUGGGGGGGUCGGGGCUGGACGUGCUGCGAACGUCGUCGACUCGCUCCACUGGGACGUCUGCCGAUGCCGGGAAACGCGUGGGGUUCGCUGGUGUGGGGAGUCAUGGCGGGGGUCACGGCACGAACCGCGCCGCAGCUGCUGCUGGGUUCGCCUUCUCCGCCGCUGCAAACUCUGCGACGGCGAAGGUUGCGAGUGCUGUUGCUCGCACAGUGUUUUCUGCGAAACCACGGACGCUGAGCAAGGAUGUGAAGGCUGUGAGCACGGAGGGAUCUGCAGGUGCCUCACAGGGCAGUACCAGCGGAGCGGGAGGAGCUCCCAGUGCGGGUGCUGCUACCAGUGCGAGUGGCCUGUUUGGACUUAAGUUCACUGCGGGAAAGGCGGAUGAUCGCGCUGCUGUCAAGAAAGGCGCUCCCGCUGCUACCUCCAGGCGGGUCAGCGGCGUGGGAGCGAGAAAGGCACGGUUCGGGUUCGGCAUCGGCGGGAAGGCAGCACCAACUGCCAAGGAGAAAGAGGAGGAAGUGAAGGAGAAGGCAGGCUAUGGCGGUUCCAGUCAGGCAGUGGGGCAAGGGGGAGCGAAGCGGGUGGCGGCGGACAGUAAAGUGGCGAGCGGGAAGCAGCUGGUGGUGAGCAAGGGCGGAGCUCUCGCCAAGGAGAAAGCGCCAGGUGCAUCGACGUCCCCUCUCGCGGCGGCGCUGAAAGUGGCCGCGAACCACUCGAAGCUGCUGGGCCUCGCCUCCAGGAUUCCCGUUCCGAAAGCGACGGGGAGGUUCGGGUUUGGCGGGAGCUCGUCCGGCGCGAAGGCUGGCGUGGGGAAGGAGAGUGAGAAGGCAGCGGGGAGGGGGGUGCACGGUUCGGGUGUGGGUGGUAAGGUUGAGGCGACGCACGGGCGGGCUGGUCAGCAGAAGACGCAGCAGGCCCACGCAGGGCCUUCCCAGCCCAAAGUCGAGGCUGUCACCCCUCGAGCGAGUCGAGAGAGCAAUGCAUCGCACAGGAGCAGCUCGUCUCAGCACAGCACCACGCCACACGCGACCAACACGCCUCGCGCGAGUAACACGCCGCACACGGGCAGCACGCUCCGCGGGAGCAGCAGCGCGCAGAAGAAGCCGUCCCCGCGGGUGGAGAAGAAGGCGGGCAGCGGCACCCACUGGGUGCCGGGGGGCGUGGCGCAGCCGUCCGCGCUUGCCGCGGCGGAUGCUGCGUUCUCCGCCAUGUCCACCCCGCGGAGCAGCGAUGCUGGGCAGCAGCUCAGCCGGGAAAGGGCUGGAGAGAAACGCACUGGCAACGACGGGCAAGAGGAGCAGCAGCAGCAGGAUGAGGAGCGGAGGCAGGCUGUGCACCCUGGGGGGGUGCUGACGGUUGCGAUGGAAAUGCUGGAGGAGCAGGGUGAGUGUGCGGUUGAGAAGGAUGUUGGAGGGGAGUUUGGUACAGUGCAGGGAGGUGGCGAGGGUGGGAAGGACGCGGCAGACGAGGGGCUCAAGACGCCUGGCGGCAAGAGCGGGAGCGAGAGCGAGAAAGGGAGGAAGGGGCUGUCUCUGAAGGCGAUUGGGGCGUUUGUUGCUGGUGGGAGCCCGUGGAAGAAAUCGGCCAGGAAGGUGGCGGCGGAGAGGGAGAGAGAGGAAUCGGAGGAGGCGAGGAAUGAGAAGAAGGAGAAGGGUGGGUCAGUUGUGUGCACUCCACAAAAGUCGCCUGGGAGGGCUGGCAAGGUGGAGACGGGGGAGAGUGGUGCGAGUGUGGAGACGGUUCAGAAGGAGGGGGAGAGGGGGGCGUGGGCGAGCACGGAGAAGGUGGGCGAGUGGGUGGGCGAGGUGCUUGAAACCGCUGGGACGCCCGACGGCUGUGAGCAAGCGGAGAGGAGGCGAACCCCUCCAAAAGAGUCAGAGCUGAACGCUGGGACCGUGGCUGUUCCAGGGGAGAUGUUUAUGGUGCCAGUGCCAGUGGCGGCAGCGGUGACAGGGGUUGCUGCAACGGCAGUAACUACUCCAGUGGCGGUGGCUACUCCAGUGGCAGUGGCAGCGUCAGGAGGCGUGUCUGGCAGCAAGGGAGGGGGGGACAGCAAGCAGCGGCGCACCUCACCUUUGCCUCGAUUCCUUGGAUCCCCCAUCGCCAGCCUGUUCAAGAGCCCCAAGCGAUCCAACAAGAAGGCUCAGGAGGUCCACGUGGCAGCAAGUGGGACGCCAGCGACUGCCACAAUACGCCAGUCGUCGUCAGCAAUGGCGGAGCAGCAGCAGCAGCAGCAGCACGAGGAGGAGGUGGAGCAGCAGCAGCAAAAACAGGAGGAGAGCUACCACGAGGCAAUGCCAACUCCAGCGGCUGAAAGCCCCACCCUCCCCAGAAGGAGCCUGUUCAAAGCAGAGCAGCUCAAGACUGACCUCUUCAAAUCCGACCUCGCCAGGAAAGACCUCUUCAAAGGGGCCUUCCCCAAGCCAGAUUUUCCCCAGGCACCUCUCUCGAGCACUAGUGAGCAGCCUUCUGAGGCGCCUCACAAGUCAUCCCUUCUGAGCACAAGCUUGCAGUCUGCAGCAUCUUCCUCUGAAGCGGGCAUGUAUACAGCUCCUGCCUCGCCUGAGGCGGAGGAGGAGAGCAAGGAGGGGCAGGAGGGCGAGAGCAGGAGCAUACUUUCUCAGAAGGGUGGUAGUGCGAGCAGAGGCAGGUCGCUGGGUGCGUCUGGCAGGGGUAUGUUCACUGCUCCUGCGUCCCCUGAAGCAGAGGUGGAGGGGGGAGGGGAGAUGGGGGAGAAGGAAGAAGGGGAAAUUACUCCUCCUGGGAGCGCGGAGAAGCAGGGAGGAGGGGAGAUGGGGGAUAAGGAAGAAGGGGAGAUUACUCCUCCUGGGAGCGCGGAGAAGCAGGGGGGAGGGGUGGAACAGGCAAAGGCAGCGGUGGGGGCGAAAGGAGAGGAUCUAGAUCCGUUUAUGAGGAAGGUUCUGGAGGCGGAGGCGCUGGGCGUGGUUGCUCUUGAGAAGAAAGGAGGGAGGGUACUUAACUCGCCAAUGAUGACCAAGCAGCCAUUACCGCCCAGAAAUCCCUGGUCACCUGUGCGCAAGGCAGAGGUGGGCCCGUACGACUGCACCAAGAAGUCUCUAGCCGCCUCGCUGGACAGCUUCUCCCUCCCCGCCAGCAGCUCUGGAGCUUCCAACUUCUCAGUCACUGGCAGGAUUGGCAGUGGUAGCGGUGCUGCUGGGUUUCCUGGUGUGGGGCAUGCGGGCAUGCGCAUGUCCUAUGGGCAUUGA